AUGGGGUCCUCUUCAAUGUCUACCCACAGAAGACUUGUCCACUGGCAAGGGCUCCUGCUGGUUGUCUCACUCUUCAACUUCUGGGGCCUGCACACCACAGCUCAAGUGACAUUUGAGUCGAUUGAUGCUCUCGAGGGGACUAAUGUGACUCUACGUAUCCACCACAAUGCUCGCUAUGCAGCAAGCUUCAUGUGGUUCAGGGGAGAAACCACUGACGUCCAUAAUAAUAUUGCAUAUCUUUCAGUAAACUCUGACAAACAUGUAAGAGGUCCUCCAAAUGGGCAAGGGAUAGUAGAGGAUGAUGGGUCCUUGCUAUUACAGAAUGUCACCAUGGAAGACUCAGGAAUCUACACCGUACUGGUCCAACUUCAAGGCUGCCAACAAAUUGUAGCAUGUGGACAACUUACUGUAUACCCUCUUGUGAGUAUGCCCACCCUCCUAGCCAGCAACACCAGAGUCACAGAGAAUAAGGAUGCUGUGGUCUUGAACUGCCACACAAACGCUGACAUCAUCGAGUGGUUGUUCAAUGGCACAAAUCUGCAGUACACGAACAGAAUGAAGCUGUCACUUGACCGCAGAAACCUCACCAUAGACCCUGUCCAGAGACGGGAUGCUGGCAAUUACCAGUGCAAAGCCUCCAACCCCACAAAUUCUGCUGAAAGUGCAUACGUUGGUCUGGAUGUGAUAUUUGAGUGA